GUUAGCCGUGGAAAUGUUUGGCCAAAGCUCUAUAUAUAGUGCCUCAUGUUCUCAUUUUUCUAUCACCGAGAAAACCCACUUCUCUCAUUCUUUCACUUCCACUUGGGUAACAUUUCAGCACUAUCUCACCUUCUCACAGUCAAGUUUUCUACCAAAAAUGCUACGUGGCUUUGUUCACAUAAUCCUCUGGGGGUUACCAUUGGAAGAGGAAGCUUGACAGCAUUUCGGUUCGAAUUUUGGAGCCAUUAUAAUCCGUCAUCACCUUUACAUAGGGGAGGACUACUGGCUUUAAGAUAGUGUAUCACGCCUCCCGAUUGUGUUUCAGGCCAGCUUUUCUUUCACUCUUUUCCUCAAUAUUUCGCCAUCAGUCUAUGAUCUCAAUUUUAGAUUACUCUGCCAAUAGUUUUAUGAAAAUAAAUUAUAUACACCAGUGGUGUAAAUAUAUAUAUGUUUCUUCCAAAUUAAUUACAUUGCCUCACGUUAUCAAAACAGCAGUCUCAAUUAAUAAAACAUGAUGACAUGAUGCAACGUAAUUGAUUUAGAUAAAACAAUUGUUUACACCGGUGGUGUAAAUAAUUUAAUAUCUAGUUUUAUAUGCAUGUUCUGUCUUUUUCUUAUUACUGUAAUUUGAUUUAGACUGUUAGAUUUAACCAAUUGAAACCGCAGUUUUUUGUGCUAGUGUUCUAACACCUUCUCCAUCACCAGAUGGGUCUGCUAUUUUCAUGGUCCUUAUUCCUUACUCUCUUGCUUUCGGCUUCAGUUGCCGACUCUGUUCGUGGCGAGAACGAGACCGACCGACUAGCCCUCCUCUCGUUCAAGGCCCAAAUCACAGGGGAUCCUUUUGGAACUCUCAACUCGUGGAACGAAUCCAUCCACUUCUGCCAAUGGGUUGGCGUAACAUGUGGCCGCCGCCACCCCACGAGGGUCACUGGGUUGAACCUGGAUCAUCGAAAAUUGGUGGGGUCCGUAUCGCCUCACAUUGGAAACCUGAGCUUUCUUAAGGAACUAUCAAUAUUUAACAACAGCUUCAGCCAUGAAAUCCCACCACAACUUGGCCGUUUGAAAAGGCUUCAACAGCUAGCUAUGGCUAACAAUUCAUUUACCGGUGAAAUUCCCACCAACAUAUCUGGUUGCUCUAACCUCAUUGUCCUUUACCUUGGUAGAAAUAUAUUAUCGGGGAAAAUCCCCGUGGAGCUUGGUUCCCUAUCUAAGCUACAGCUACUGACUAUUCAUUAUAACCAUCUAGUUGGAGAAAUUCCUUCUGCUUUUGGUAAUCUAUCGUCUUUGAUUGUCUUCUUCGUGCAAGGAAAUAGGAUUGGUGGGAGCAUUCCAUAUGCCCUGGGAAAACUGAAAAAGCUAGAAGCUCUUGAAUUGGGAGAGAAUAGAUUGGUUGGUACCAUUCCUUCCUCAAUCCUUAAUGUGUCUUCUCUCACCGACUUUAAUGUGGGGGGUAACCAACUUCAAGGUAUGCUUCCCUCGGAACUUGGAAAUAUUCUUCCUAAUCUUGAGUUCAUUGAAGUUAGCUUGAACUUAUUUACUGGAUCUAUUCCAAUAUCCAUAUCUAAUGCCACCAAAUUAUAUCACAUUGGUUUUGCAUUAAACAAGUUUAUCGGAAAAGUGCCUCAUUUGGAGAAGUUGAAUAAUCUUGGGCGAUUAAUCUUGUUUGAAAAUCAUCUCGGAUCUGGGAAAGUUGAUGACUUGAGUUUUCUCAAUUCUUUAACCAAUGCUACAAAUUUUAAUUAUCUAUCUCUGGGCACGAACAAUUUUGGAGGAUUAUUGCCCAAUUCGAUCAGCAAUUUCUCAACUAAUCUGGUCUUUUUGGAAAUAGAAGACAAUAAAAUAGUUGGGAGCAUCCCAACGGGGAUCGGGAAUAUGGUCAAUUUACAAGGUAUUAGUUUGUCCCUCAACCGUUUGACGGGUCAAAUUCCUGCUGAUAUUGGGAAGCUUCAAAAGCUAGAGAUUUUGAGUCUUUUUCAUAACAAAUUCUACGGGGACAUCCCGUCGUUUGUUGGAAAUUUAACUAGGUUAUCAAUUCUUAGACUUUUUCAAAACAAUCUUCAUGGAAGCAUCCCUUCAAGUCUGGGGAAAUGCCAAAUGUUGGUGGAACUAAGACUCCAUCAAAACAAUCUUGUUGGUGCCAUACCCAGAGAAGUUAUGAGCCUCUCAUCGUUAUUGCGUUUGAACAUUUCUCGAAACAAUUUGACUGGUUCUCUUCCGAUUGAAAUUGGAAGUUUAAAAAACCUAGAGGAACUAUAUGUUUCUAAGAACAUGUUAUCCGGUGAAAUUCCAAGCAGUCUUGGCAGCUGUGUAAAACUGAGAUUGAUAUACAUGGAGAGAAACAAAUUCUCGGGAACUGUUCCUUUCUUUUUAAGUAAUUUGAAAGGUAUGGAGGAAAUAGAUAUUUCUCAGAACAAUUUCUCAGGACAAAUCCCCGACUAUUUCGAGGACUUUCACUUCUUGCAAAAAUUGAAUAUGUCAUUCAAUGAUUUUGAAGGUGUGGUACCGGAAAGAGGCAUAUAUGCGAAUGCGACUGCAAUUUCUGUCAAGGGAAACAAUAAGCUCUGUGGAGGUAUAGCUAAAUUGGAGCUGCAAAGUUGCAACUCCAAAGGGUUUAGAAAGAAAAGAUAUUCUCUUACCAUGAUUUUAAUAAUCUCGAUAGCUUGUGGGCUUCUAGGACUAAGUCUGAUGUUGUGGUUCCUCUAUCGCUGUUUGUUUAGAAAAAGAACGAGUGUGUCUUCUUUCAGAUUAUUAGGGAACUCGUUUCUUGAACUGUCCUACCAAAAUCUACUUAAAGCUACAGAUGGUUUUUCACCGGCCAAUUUGAUUGGCGUCGGUGGCUUUGGCUCAGUGUAUAGAGGAAUCAUUGAUCAUGGAGGAAAAGUUGUUGCAGUUAAGGUACUAAAUCUUCAAGCCGCUGGAGCUUCCAAGAGUUUCAUAGCCGAGUGUGCUCACAGCAUGUUCAAGUGUUGA